UUCCCCACCCCAAACGCCUCUUCCUCAGAUCAGAUCGCCAGAGAACCGGAAACCAAAUCCCAUAGCCAGAACACUGAAGCUCGACCUGCUCCGACGAGCGAGAGGAAUCCCCCGAUCGCGGCAGCAGCAGCAGCAGCACGGAGAAGAUGUCGUCGGUGUUCAGCGGCGAUGAGACCGCCCCCUUCUUCGGCUUCCUCGGCGCCGCCGCCGCGCUCGUCUUCUCAUGCAUGGGGGCGGCCUACGGGACGGCCAAGAGCGGCGUCGGCGUGGCGUCCAUGGGGGUCAUGCGCCCGGAGCUCGUCAUGAAGUCCAUCGUGCCCGUCGUCAUGGCUGGUGUGCUCGGAAUCUACGGCCUCAUCAUCGCCGUCAUCAUCAGCACCGGGAUCAACCCCAAGGCCAAGCCAUACUUCCUCUUCGACGGAUACGCCCACCUCUCUUCAGGGCUCGCGUGUGGCCUCGCGGGGCUUGCUGCUGGCAUGGCCAUUGGCAUCGUUGGUGACGCUGGAGUCAGGGCGAAUGCGCAGCAGCCGAAGCUGUUUGUUGGCAUGAUCCUCAUUCUCAUCUUUGCUGAGGCACUUGCUCUCUACGGCCUCAUUGUCGGCAUCAUCCUGUCAUCCCGAGCUGGCCAAUCCCGCGCCGAUUAGGCACUUCGCCACACGUGGCCCUGUGUGGCCUCCUGUUUUAUAUUGUUAUAUUCAGACAACAAACUGAGCUCUAGAAGUUUAUUAUGUCUAGUUUUCUUCUGUUUUUUCGAGAAAAAACAUUGUAUCCAGGGGUGUUUGCCCUGCAGUACCAUUCUUUUUCCGUCAGGAUGUUGGGUGGUGGUUGAUGCUUAUUAUGCACAGUUAUUUAUUUAUUUUUGGUCUGGCUGGACGGUGUAAUCUGGUGAAUAAGCAAGAACAUGCAAUGCAAUUGAUCUUAAGAUUCUCAGUUA